AUGAAAUCAAUUCAAGUUGGCAAUACUGUCCUAGACAUUUCCAAAUUCGAAGCAGGAGAUGGGAAAGGAACACAUAUAGAUAGUGGUACAACUUUGGCAUAUCUUCCUGGGCCGAUUUUUGACCCAGUGAGACAAUUGAUUUUAACUAGCCAGCCUAACUUGAGUAUACAACUUGUCGAAGAUUUCUAUGAGUGCUUCCAUUUCAAUAAAAGCAUCGAUGAAUCGUUCCCUACUGUAACUUUUGGUUUUGAAAAUUCACUCGAAUUGAACGUUUACCCUCAUGAUUAUUUGCUUCCAGUUGAAAACCAAUCGUAUUGUCUCCGUUGGCAAGAUAAUCAAAAAUGGAAUUCUGACUUGAUUGUCUUGGGAGAUUUGGUGUUGGCGAAUAAGUUAGUGUUGUACGAUCUCGAAAACCAAGUUCUUGGAUUGUCAACUGCUCUUCAACCGUUGGAUUGA